AUGAAGCAACGGAUGUUGGGUCUGGCCCUUUGGCCUUUGUUUUUCUCACUCCAGCUGCUGCAGCAAGUUGGUUCAAAUGAAUGUGGCAAAAACAGCAGCUAUGUGAUCAAUGUGAUGCUCAUGAAUUACUCGGACUUCCCAUCAUCUACGGAUAAUUUGAAAUUAGCUGUGAAGCAUGCCUUGAAAAGGGUACAAAAUGAAUUGCAGAUGGCAGGAGAAAAUGUUACAGUUGAAGCCACCUUCCACCCUUUUACCUCAUCACUCUAUGUCUCACAAGGUUGUCGUACCAGCACCUGUGAAGGUGUGGAGCUCAUCAAGCAAAUUUUUCGUUCUGGCAGGCUUGGCUGUGUCAUCAUAGGACCCGCUUGCACUUAUGCCACCUACCAAAUGGUCUCAGUUGAAACAAUACUGAGCCUGCCUCUGAUCUCUGUAGGGAGUUUUGGACUGUCCUGUGACUACAAAGUAAACCUAACCCGCCUUCUGACCCCAGCCAGGAAAGUGAACGAUUUCUUCUAUUAUUUUUGGAAAGAAUAUCAGCUGCCAUUCAAAACCACAAGCUGGGAAUCUGCCUACAUUUACAAGAGGAAUGAAAACUCAGAAGCAUGCUUCUGGUACACGAAUGCGCUAGAGGCUGGAAUCACACACUUCUCUGAAAAACUGAAGUUCAAGGACAUUUUAAGGACACCAGAGCAGCUUAGAAAAACUGUGACAGAUCCAAACCGGAAAAGCAAUGUGAUCAUCAUGUGUGGUGCUCCAGCUGACGUCAGCACAGACCUAGGGACAAGCGAAGUGGAUAAAGACAUUAUUAUCAUCCUGAUAGAUCUCUUCAAUAAUGUGUACUUCAGGAACAACAGUUCAGCCCAUUACAUGCAGAAUGUACUUGUCCUGACUCUGCCACCAGCUCAGAACAGCUUGAAUACCACAAACACUGAGGACACCGUCCUGAUGGAAGAUGUCUUUCUGGCUGGCUAUUUUAAUGCAGCCUUGCUGUUUGGACAUAUUCUGAAGAAAUUUAUCUUCUCCCAGAGCCCAGUGUCACCUCUCAGUUUCAUCAAUGAAUCCCGAAAUACCACUUUUGAAGGUAUACUGGGUCCUGUGACUCUAGAUAAAUUUGGAGACAUCGAUACCAACUUGACCCUGCUGUACACGUCACAGACUGGAAAUCACCCAUAGUUCAAAACUCUUCUGUAUUUCAACACUCAAAAGAAUGAGACACGCAUGAUGAUCACCAGUCCGGAUUUUGUCUGGAAGAACCACAAGCUGCCCAGUGAUAUUCCAGGCUCUGGCCCACACAUCUUGACCAUCGCUGUCUUUACACUCACGGGAAUUGUGAUUCUAGUUCUGAUCAUCUCUUUGCUGAUUCUAAGGAAGUACAGGAGAGAUAAUGAGCGUCGGUGGAAGAAAUGGUCUCAUAUACCGCCUGAGGAAAUCUUGCCUCUGGAGACCAGUGAGACAAACCAUGUUAGUUUGAAGAUCGAUGAAGAUAAGAGACGUGACACCAUUCAAAGAUUGCGCCAAGGCAAAUAUGACAAGAAGGUGGUGAUCCUAAAGGAUCUCAAAAACAGCGAUGGUAAUUUCUCAGAGAAGCAGAAAAUAGAACUGAACAAGCUCCUACAGAUUGAUUAUUACAACCUGACCAAGUUCUAUGGCACUGUGAAGAUAGACACCAUGAUCUUUGGGGUGAUUGAGUACUGCGAAAGAGGUUCUCUGCGGGAUGUUUUAAAUGAUAAAAUCUCCUACCCUGAUGGCACAUUCAUGGACUGGGAAUUUAAAAUCUCCGUCAUGUAUGAUAUUGCCAAGGGGAUGUCUUACCUGCACUCAAGCAAGACUGAAGUCCAUGGACGACUCAAAUCCACAAACUGUGUAGUAGACAAUCGUAUGGUAGUGAAGAUCACUGAUUUUGGCUGUAAUUCAAUCCUGCCUCCAAGGAAAGAUCUGUGGACAGCUCCUGAGCACCUCCGUCAUGCUGAUGUAUCUCAGAAGGGUGAUGUGUACAGCUACGGGAUCAUUGCCCAAGAAAUCAUCCUACGCAGGGAGACCUUUUACACUAGAUACUGCCGGAACAGCAAAGAGAAACUUUACAGAGUAGAGAGCAGCAAAGGAGUGAAGCCUUUCCGACCAGACCUGUCCUUGGAAACAGUGGGAGAAAGAGAGAUGGAAGUGUAUACACUAGUGAAGAGCUGCUGGGAGGAAGAUCCAGACAAAAGGCCUGACUUUAAGAAAAUUGAAAGUACUCUGGCUAGAAUAUUCAGUAACUACCAUGGCCAGAGCAAUGAAAGCUACAUGGAUACCCUGAUCAGGCGUCUACAGCUGUAUUCCCGGAACCUGGAGCACCUGGUGGAGGAAAGGACAGAGCUAUACAAAGCAGAGCGAGACAGAGCAGACAGGCUUAAUUUCAUGUUACUUCCAAGGCCAGUAGUAAAGUCUUUGAAGGAGACUGGCCUGGUAGAGCCAGAGCUAUUUGAAGAAGUCACUAUCUACUUCAGUGACAUCGUUGGCUUCACCACACUCUGCAAAUACAGCACCCCCAUGGAGGUGGUAGAUAUGCUGAAUGAUAUCUACAAGAACUUUGACCACAUUCUUGAUCAUCAUGAUGUUUACAAGGUGGAGACCAUUGGUGAUGCUUACAUGGUGGUGAGUGGUUUACCAAACAGGAAUGGGAACCGGCAUGCGGUAGACAUCUCCAUGAUGGCUCUGGACAUCCUCAGCUUCAUGGGAUCUUUUGAACUGAGACACCUGCCGGGUCUGCCUGUUUGGAUCCGCAUUGGAAUUCACUCUGGUCCAUGUGCGGCUGGUGUGGUUGGAAUAAAAAUGCCUCGUUACUGUUUGUUUGGAGAUACAGUGAACACAGCUUCACGGAUGGAAUCCACAGGCUUGCCUUUAAGGAUUCAUGUAAGUGGUUCCACUAUUAACAUCCUGAAAAGAACAGACUGCCAAUUCCAGUAUGAAGUGAGAGGAGAAACGUACUUGAAGGGCAGAGGAACAGAGAUUACCUAUUGGUUGACUGGUACUGAGGACAAGAAAUACAAUCUCCCAACACCUCCUUCUGUGGAGAAUCAGCAGCGGUUGCAAGACGACUUAGCAGAGAUGAUAACAAAUAUUCUUCAGAAGAGGGAAAAGGAAGGGUUCAAGACACGGGAGCUUUCACGAGUACCUAGCUACCGAUCAGGUACCCUGGAGUACUUGCAACUGGUCAGCACAGAGAAUUCUGCCACGUAUCUUUAAAACUGGAUGCCUAGUGUGACUAAAAAAGCUGCAGCAACUCCCUGGAGUACUUCACGUGAAGGCUGGAGGCUUAUACUUUCAGCUAGAGGAGAAAGAAAAGACCUUUUCGAGCAUCUUUUUAAACAUCCAACCUGCUAUCAGUAAAUGAAAGUUCUCUUCACUGUAACGUCAACAUUGUCAGAUGACUUCAGUGGGA